GCAACAUCAUUUGAUCAGAAAAACAGAAGUACGAAUGUUAGCAGAGACAUACAAGAAGGAUGAUGUGUUAUUGUAUUUGGAACUUGUGGAGACUGUUCUCAGAGAUGUCAUGGCUUUAAAUAUCGCUUUCCAAAAAUCGAAUGCUGAUAUUACUGCUCUUCAUGAUGAUCUACGUACGUCGAUACUUUCUCUGGCCCGACGAAUUUUCAAACCAGUAUUUCUCAGACCAAUAGUACGUGAAUCUAAUCCAUCAAAUAUCAAAUUACAUCAAGCUGAUCUGGAUGCUGUGAAGAGAGCCAUUGAUAAAGCAGGCGAUUCAUUCGAAAAUUCUCUCUUAUCAAUUGAUGCUGUAGACUUUGGUCUAAAGUUCUCAAAUCAUGCUGAACAAUGCACCUUAAAGAAAACAAUCACAACACAGGACUUGAACAUUGUGAAACAGAGGGCUCGAUCGUACAUUCUUAAGAUUGUUGCCCAAUUGGUUAAACGAUUACCACAUAAUCUUGGAGUUAUUGAGAAAAUCAAUUGCUUUACCCCUGCUGUAUGUUUGGCCCAAACAAAUUCAAUCUCUGCCAGAGAUCUGCCCUGGGAGCUCGCAGAUGAAACCAUCGAUCGGGAUGGAGUGGAAUCUCAAUUGAGAAAACUCCAAACAAAAAGGCUAGCUGAUAUUUCUCUAGAUUUCAGUGAUGCAGUGAGCCCUGAAGAAUUUUGGAUUGGGGUAAGGCGACUGAAGAAUAAAAAUGGAGAGAGAACUUUCAAUGACGUGGCAAACUUUGCUCUAAGAGCUCUGACUUUACCGACUAGUAACGCUGAUAUUGAGCGUAUCUUCAGUGUUAUGACAAUAGUCAAGAAUAAAUUGAAGAAUCGAAUGCUUUUGCCAAUGCUGGUGGCAAUAAUUCGUAUAAAAGUCCACCUGAGAGUUUAUGGUCACUGUUGUCAUGACUAUGAACCCACACGUCAUAUGCUCGACUUAUUUAACAGCAAAUUGUAUGAGAAGAAUGCAAUGGAGAAAAAUAAACAGGGAGAAGAGUUAACUCUUACACUUGAGGCUCUAGAACUCGAUGAAGCUGCUGAGAUGUUCGAUUUGCUUGCACAAUUCGAAGAGAAAUGUCUCCACUAGUCCUCACGCAAUGACUGAACUUGAUGACUUAAUUUAACUUAAUUCUUGUUACUAAA